UCCUCUCUCUACCCUCUCCUAUUUUUGCCCCCUUUCUCUCUCUUCUCGCCUGCUCCCAAACUCCCCCCAACUCUCACCGCCACCUCAACUCAACAAUAAGCCCUCGCCCCGUCUCAUAACCCGCUCUAAAGCUCCGCCAAUUACCCGCCAAAUAAGUCUCCUUCUCCACCCCCCGAGCCUCCUGGAUCGGACAUCAGAGGGCCCCCCUGCGCCGGAGAUGGGAGACGAGGGCAGGACCGAGGCCGCCGCCCCCCACGCGUCCCAGGCCUCGGCGCCGGCGACCAAGAAGCGGGCGAGGGACGGCGCUGACACCCGGGACUUGAAGAGGGUCGCGGAGAUUUUGAUGGUGUUGGCGGGGAUGGGGGAGAUGCGGGGCCGCCGGGAGCCGACAGCCGCAGAGAAGGCUCUGGUGGCGGAGGCGCGGGAGACGCUCGUGGGGAUGUGCGAACACGUGAAGCCCAAGGAUCUGUUCUCCAGGGAGGCUGUUAGGGUUGUGGUCGAUGAUCUUGGGCUCAAUCGGUCCAAGGAUCACAUGAUGGGGUGCCGGCCUCCCAAGAUGUCCAUUGCUGAGAAGGUCUUGCUCACUAAAAGAAAGAUGGAGGAAUCCAAGGUAGUUGCCACACAUUCGGCAGUUUAUUCAUCUCAUCAUCUUCCAGCCAGCUUUGGUGCAAAUGUUGAAUCCCAUGGAACUUUGUUCCAUGGAGCCUCUAGGUUCGUAUCAGAGAAACCAAUCGCAGUGGCGCUGCCCGCUGGAGGCUAUCAGAGUACUCCACCUGUAUCACAUGUUCCUACACUAGCUUCUGCUAUCUCCUAUUCAAAGCAGCUGCAAAUCAAUGAGACACAUGCUGUGGUCACUCCCAUAAAAUCAACAUCCAAUCCACACCAAAGGGAUUCUCUUUCAUUAACACUGCCUCAUGCAGAACCAGGGCGCCUCAGGUUGGAUGCACCACUAGAUGGGCCAACUUAUCAAACACAACUUCAAGCUACUUCUGCCGAAUGCAUGCCACAUAAAACCCCAACAAGUUCUAUGCAAUUAACAUCUGUUGCUGUAACAAAGGUUGGCCAGGCACAUAAGUUGCCGGAUCAUGCUUCGGUAAAGUCUGAGGGUAUUCACGAAGGUAAUGCUAUUCAAAAUUCACAAGCAAUAAGAAAUCAGGAAAUAAGAAGUUCUGCAAUUCAAGUUGGACAAGGAAAUCUGCGUACUGCACAUCAGCCUCCACCAGGCCAAGCAUUUGUUAAUGCACCUCCUCCUUUUACCAACCAUGAUGACAUUGCUAAAAAUGUGCAGAGGAUAUUGCUCCAAAAGGUUUCUGAUCAUCCUAGUUGGACUCCACCCUCAACUGAGUACAUGAACAAGCCUCUAAAUUGCCAAGCAUGCAAGAUUACUAUUAGUGAUUUGGAAAGUUUGCUUGUCUGUGAUGCUUGUGAGAAAGGAACCCACUUAAAAUGCCUUCAGUCUUAUGGUAACAAAGGCAUUCCUAAAGCUGAGUGGCAUUGCCCAAAAUGCUUGGUAUCAAGCAAUGGCAAACCCUUGGCACCUAAAUAUGGCAAGGUUACAAGAGCUGUUGGUCCAUCAAAGGUUGCUUCAAAUGCAGGUGUUACUCAAGCAUCCUCAGAGAAGAAAACAGUAAACACAGACUCAAAGGUUAAUCAACAGAAAGCAAUAGCCAAUGGAAAUUCUGGUGUUGCAGAUCUUGCCCGUCCUUCCAAUAUGGGAGGCAGCCAUGCUGAGUCAGCUUCAGGUUCAAAGAUGAAUAUUGCAGAAGUGCAGUCUAAAUCUCCUGCAGCUGGAACGGAAAGAGAGGAUGGGAUGUCUAAAGGGGCUUCCACUAACCCAUCUAGGGAAAAUGCUGAAGUGGUCUGUAUCAUCUCGGGCACACAAAAUGAAAGUAAUGAUAGGCACAAUGACAAUAGUGGAUCAUCUUCAUGUGACAUGAAAGCGACCUCUGAGUCUAUGUUGCAGCCAAAGUCUGUUCUAGAGAACUCCUGUUCCGAGCAUCCAUAUGCAAUUGUUGUUGACAACACUAAUCAGUCUCAAUUGUCUGGUGACUUACAAGUUGGUGAUGGAGUAAAGUUGCCGAGUGAUGUUGAAGCUUCUGCAACUCAACAGCAGGAAAUCAGCAAGCCCGGCGACAAUGAGCUUAAAGGACCAUUUAUUAAAAGGGAAACAUCUGAAAACAGGGCUAUUAAUAAAACUAGGUUAGAUGAUGGAGACAGUUCUCAGGCAACUUCAAAUGGUACCCCAUAUUAUGGGGAUGAAGCUAGAGAUCAUGGCAGGCCUUCGCUACUGGACUUGCAUACUGUAGAUUGGGUUGGUGAUGUUCUCCAAGUUGUAGAUGAGAAGAUGUAUUACCAGUCUUGUUGCGUUAAUGGUAUUUUGUACAAGCUUCAAGAUCAUGUUUUAAUUGAUUUCAACUGUCAGAAGUUUGUUCCUUCGAAGCUCCAGGCAAGCCUUUGCUUGGAUCAUUAUAUGGUCUUUCAUCUUUAUGCAAAUACUGUGACAUGCUUGUUCCCCAUUCUUUAUUUCAUAUCUUUGUGGGAGGAUAAUAAAUCUGGGUCAAAGUGGGCUACCGUAGAUUUGUAUUACUUUCCCAGUGACCUUGCAGAGACUGUUAGCCAACCAUCUACCACUGAAAACAGUGAGGUGAGCCAUCAACAAUUGCUAAAGUCACAACAUUAGGUGUAUGCUUCAAAUAAUAAAAAAACCAUAAUGGCGGGCUCAAUACAUGGUCCUUGUGAAGUUUUAGCCAUUGACAAGUUUAGGGAAGAAAGCGAUAGGAGAUUACAACUAGGCGAUUCAAAAAGCAGUUUGCAUCCAGUUUUUGUGUGCAAAUGGAUGUAUGAUGAGUUGAAGGGCAGCUUUCAGGCAGUCACCAGUUAAUGUAAUGCGGCAAAUUUUUAUGAACAACAUUGUCUAAUCUGUGCAUUUAUUCUCAGCUAUUUUUUCUCCAAGGCAGAUCCUAAAAUCAGGUGCCGAAGUGAACUGCUCUUUGGGAAGCUGACAAAAAGAUUUCUAAACCCUGUUGUAUAUUAUGUAGUUCUUUCUUUUUGAGGGGAAAAUACGUAGUUCUUUUUCAAGUGCAGGUUGCUGAUUCCUUUGUUAUUUAUGAUCUCGACUGCUUUCUGGCAGAGUUGGUAAACCUGCAAUAUAUCUAAAUUAAAAUUUCACGAGUACUGCACCACAAUUCAAAUUGUUGACAAAGAAGUGAAGGCUACAAAAGGAUGUUUUAGCAUGCAACUCGCUGAGCCCCGUAAAAUUUUAGUCUAUUUGUGAUCCAUUUUGGUGAAAAGGAGGAGCAAAGGUGGUUGCUGGAUUUUCUUGCAGCACAGACCCCGCCGGCCCUCCCGGCAGGAGGCAGUUUUGGCUAAUAUUGUUAGCUAUAUUUGAAAAUUUUGAAUUGCAUGAAUAGCUGGCCUGAAUUUUGGCAGCCUGUCAGCUGCGGCAGGUUUGCAUCUCUCGAUGCUGUGCUGGUUGAGUAGUGUUGCUAAUGAUGCAGAGGUUCAAUAAUUGUGCUGAAGAGAGCUGUAGUGGAAAAUGCUGUUUUACAGAACGUGGUGCGUACAGGUAUGGUCCAUCCACGGGCGCCUCAUGUGUUUGGUAAUUUUACUAUUGACUGGUAUCGGAAUUUGGGUAAUAGCUUGAGGUUUGGUAUGUAACAU